CCGAAAACAAACAAACCACCUCCCGCAUCUCGCAAGCCCUCUCAUCGCAUCAUGGUCAAUUUCACGAUUGCCCAGCUCCACGCCCUCAUGUCGACGCCGGCCAACGUCCGCAACAUCUCUGUGAUUGCGCACGUCGACCACGGCAAGUCCACGCUGACCGACGCCUUGGUGGCCAAGGCCGGCAUCAUCUCGCACGGUGCAGCCGGCGGGGCGCGCUACACCGACACGCGCGACGACGAGAAGGACCGCGGCAUCACCAUCAAGUCGACGGGUCUCUCCAUGUACUUUGAGACGGCCAAGGGCGACCCGCUCCUUGUCAACCUGAUCGACUCGCCCGGUCACGUCGACUUUUCGUCGGAAGUCACGGCGGCGCUUCGUGUCACGGACGGUGCGCUCGUCGUCGUCGACGCAAUCGACGGUGUGUGCGUCCAGACCGAGACGGUUCUUCGCCAAGCCAUGGCGGAGCGCGUCAAGCCCGUGCUCAUGGUCAACAAGGUCGAUCGGGCGCUUCUCGAACUCCAGCUCGAGCCGGAGGAGUGCUACCAGUCGCUUCGCCGCGCCGUUGAAAGCGUCAACGUCGUCCUUUCAACGUGCGCGGACGCAGCCCUCGGCGACGUUCAAGUGUAUCCGGAUGUUGGCAACGUUGCCUUCGGGUCGGGUCUCCACCAGUGGGGCUUCACCCUCGCGACGUUCGCCAACAUGUACGCGGCCAAGUUUGGCAUGGACGCCGCCAAGCUCGCGCCCAAGCUCUGGGGCGACUGGGGCUACGACCAGGUGCGCAAGGUCUGGACCACGCGGCGCGAUCCGUCGUUCCCGCGCGCCUUCGUGCAAUUUGUGCUCAACCCGAUCUACCAGCUCGUCGACGCCGUCAUGAAGCAGCAGCCAAAGAAGCUGGCCAAAAUCCUUGCCUCCAUCGGUGUGUCCCCGAGUGUGCUCGUGGAUGCGGACGGCAACGCGCUUCUCGAGCGCAAGCUGCUCAAGCGCAUCAUGCAAACGUGGCUGCCGGCGAGCGAUGCGCUCUUGAGCAUGCUCGAGACGCACCUUCCGUCGCCGGUCGUCGCCCAGCGCUACCGUGUCGACACGCUCUACGACGGUCCCCUCGACGACGAAUGCGCCGAGGGCAUUCGCAACUGCGACGUCAACGGUCCGCUCGUCAUGUACGUCUCCAAGAUGGUGCCGACGUCGGCGGAUCGCACGCGCUUCUACGCGUUCGGCCGUGUCUUCUCGGGCAAGAUCGCCACGGGCCAAAAAGUGCGGCUCCUCGGGCCCAACUAUGUGCCUGGCAGCAGCACCGAUCUCUGGGUCAACAAGACGAUCCAGCGCACGGUCGUCAUGAUGGGUCGGUCCGUCGAAGCGAUGCCGGAUGUCCCUGCGGGCAGCACGUGCGGCCUCGUCGGCGUCGACCAGUACCUCCUCAAGACCGGUACGAUCACGACGUCCGAGACGGCCAGUACGAUUCGCACCAUGAAGUUUUCAGUCUCGCCCGUCGUGCGCGUCGCGGUCGAGCCCGAGUCGCCGGCCGAUCUCCCCAAGCUGCUCGAAGGCAUGAAGCGCCUCGCCAAGUCGGACCCGAUGGUGCUCUGCUACACGGAGACGACCGGCGAGCACAUCAUCGCGGGCGCGGGCGAGCUCCACCUCGAGAUUUGCCUCCACGAUCUCCAAGAGGACUUUAUGGGCCGCACGCCGCUGCGAGUGAGCAACCCGGUGGUCACGUACCGUGAAACCAUCACCGCACCGAGCGCGACCCUUUGCUUGGCCAAGUCGAGCAACAAACACAACCGACUCUUUUGCGUUGCCGAGCCGCUGAGUGGCGCGCUCGUCGCCGCGAUUGAGGCGCGCGAGAUCGUCAUGGCCGACCACACGGACCCCAAGAUACGCGCGCGGUACCUCGCCGACGAGCACGGGUGGGACGUGCUCGAUGGCCGCAAGAUAUGGGGCUACGGCCCCGACCACCUCGGGGCCAACAUCUUUGUGGACCAGACCAAAGGCGUCGCUAAUACGCUCGACAUCCGCGACGGCGUCGUACGUGGCUUCCAGUGGGCAACGUCCCAAGGUGUCCUCUGCGACGAAGUGGUCUCGGGCGCCCGUGUCAACCUCGUCGACGUUCUCUUCCACUCGAGCGCCGCGCACCGCGGGACGGCCCAGAUCCUCCCGGCUGCGCGGCGCGUCGUGCACGCGUGCCAGCUCGCGUCGUCGCCGGCGUUGCUCGAGCCUGUCUUUAUGGUCGAGGUACAGUGCCCGCAAGACGUCAUUGGCGGCGUCUACUCGGUGCUGCACCUUCGCCGCGGUGUCGUGAUUGGCGAGGAGCCCAAAGCCAACGGCAUGCUCCACCUGCGCGCACACGUGCCGGUCGUCGAGUCGUUCGGGAUCACCGAGGCGCUCCGAGCCAAGACGGGCGGGAAGGCCUUCCCGCAGUGCUGGUUUGACCACUACAAGGUCGUUGAGGGCGACCCGCUUAGCCCCGCAACCUUGGCCGGCAAGCUUGUCGCGGCCACGCGUCUCCGAAAAGGCCUUCAGCCAGACAUGGCGAGCUUCGACCAGCUCAACGACCGAUUGUAGGUCGACGAGCUAGCUCCCUUCACACGCGUAUCAGUAAUCUAAAAUCUUACUUUAUUCUAUCCAUA